UUGGUCUUCCAUUCCAUGGCUCGCCCGGCCGCUGCAGAGAAGGGGGGAGCAGCAGGAGGGUUCGGCGGCCACGGCCACCCCGGCAGGCGCCGGACCAACAGCCGCACCAGCAUGGCGCAGCGGGACGAGGUCAUCCGCCGCACCGUCUACGUCUCCGAUAUCGAUCACCAGGUCACUGAAGAAAACCUGGCAGCGCUAUUUAUAAACUGUGGACAGGUUGUGGACUGUCGCAUGUGUGGGGACCCAAAUUCAGUACUUCGUUUUGCUUUCAUAGAGUUCACUGAUGAGGAGGGUGCCAGGACUGCUCUUAAUCUGUCAGGAACUGUGCUUGGAUAUUAUCCUGUGAGGGUUCUGCCAUCAAAGACUGCCAUUGCGCCAGUAAACCCAACAUUUCUGCCCAGGUCUGAUGAUGAACGUGAAAUGUGUGCAAGGACUAUUUACUGCACAAACAUUGACAAGAAGGUCACUCAGGCAGAUCUGAAAUUGUUCUUUGAGUCUAUAUGUGGAGAGGUCUUUCGUCUGAGGUUGCUUGGUGAUUACCAUCAUUCUACUCGCAUCGCCUUUGUGGAGUUUGUGAUGGCUGAAAGUGCUACCGCUGCUCUCAACUGCAGUGGUGUGAUUCUGGGUGCCUUGCCAAUAAGGGUGAGCCCAUCGAAGACCCCUGUGCGUCCCCGCGCGCCUCGCCAGCUGAUGCACUAGUGUUGUAGGUACAGGAGGUGCUGAUGGCACUGCUUAUAUAUAAUAGAGAUAGACAUAUAUGAAAGGGGGGAAAUCGCAAUAUGUGUCAUUUUCUUUUUAAGUUAUGGGCUCGGCCUUUUUUUUUCUUCACUGUACCACCGUGAGUGAGUAAAGUAUCUACGCUCGGAGCCGGAGAGGGCAAAUUCCGGGUUGAGGUUGGGUCCUUUUACCAUGCACAUAGCGGAGAGCUUCUUAGAAGGAAGCAGGGUUGAUCUGCUCUUGUCCUUGAUGCAACAAGGCGAAACUCCUGGACUUUUACCUGUGUUCAGUUGUUUGCUGUGUCUUGGUUGCUACUCAAAAAAACUUGGGGAUUACUUGGAGAUUAUGAACGCUUACCGUUGUGCCCUACCUUAUGCUUCCAUGUCAGUAUGUGUGUUUGUUGUU